CAUCGGGCAGGACUCCGGGCAGCGGCACACCGGGCUGGACUCCGGGCAGCGGCACACCGGGCUGGACUCCGGGCAGCGGCGGCCACACCGGGCUGGACUCCGGGCAGCAGGACACCGGGCUGGACUUCGGGCAGCGGCACAUCGAGCUGGACACCGGAUCACCAGGCGGAGCAGCAGGCACCGGGCCACCAGGCGGAGCAGCAGGCACCGGGCCACCAGGCACGACAGUGGGCUCUGAGUCAAUUGGCACGACAGCGGGCACCGGAUCGUCUGGAUCGACAGCAGGCACCAGGUCAUCUGGCGUUGGAUCGUCUGGCUCGACAGCGGGCACCGGGUCAUUUGGCUUGCCAGCGGGCACCGAGUCACCAGGCACGACAG